GGAGCUUCAUUUUCUGAUCUGCUUUUGUGCUAAAAUGGAGGCUGGCCUCUCGCCCUGAGUGGAGCGCCUUCCUGGUUGAGGUUUAGAUGUUGACAUGCAAUAAAUCUGGAGACAGGAUGGUUGUGGAUGCGCCGAACUCCAAUGGGCCCUUUCAGCCGCUGGCUCUUAUGCACUUCAGAGAUGUGGCCCCCGCUGAGCAGGAGAAGCUCUUCAUCCAGAAGCUACGACAGUGCUGCGUUCUUUUCGACUUCCUGUCUGACCCACUGAGUGACCUAAAAUGGAAGGAGGUGAAGCGGGCGGCGCUGAGCGAAAUGGUGGAGUACAUCACCCACAACAGGAAUGUCAUCACAGAGCCCAUCUACCCAGAGGUGGUGCACAUGUUUGCAGUGAACAUGUUCAGAACAUUGCCUCCAUCAUCUAACCCCACCGGAGCAGAGUUUGAUCCGGAGGAAGACGAGCCGACGCUGGAAGCGGCGUGGCCACACCUUCAGCUCGUCUAUGAAUUUUUCCUUAGGUUUUUAGAAUCGCCCGACUUUCAGCCCAACAUAGCAAAGAAAUACAUCGACCAGAAAUUUGUUAUGCAGCUCCUAGAUCUAUUUGACAGUGAGGAUCCCCGAGAAAGAGACUUCCUCAAAACUACCCUCCACAGGAUCUAUGGAAAGUUCCUGGGGCUGAGAGCGUACAUCAGAAAACAAAUCAAUAACAUUUUCUAUAGGUUUAUCUACGAGACAGAGCACCACAAUGGUAUAGCUGAAUUACUGGAAAUACUUGGAAGCAUAAUCAAUGGAUUUGCCUUACCACUCAAAGAAGAGCACAAAAUUUUCCUGUUGAAGGUGUUAUUGCCUCUGCACAAAGUCAAAUCACUUAGUGUCUACCAUCCACAGCUGGCUUACUGUGUGGUGCAGUUUUUGGAAAAGGACAGCACUCUAACAGAGCCGGUGGUAAUGGCUCUGCUAAAGUACUGGCCAAAGACGCACAGUCCCAAGGAAGUGAUGUUUCUCAACGAGCUGGAGGAGAUCCUGGACGUCAUUGAGCCCUCUGAGUUUGUCAAGGUGCAGGAGCCUCUGUUCAGACAGCUGGCCAAGUGUGUGUCCAGCCCGCACUUCCAGGUGGCAGAGAGGGCUUUGUACUACUGGAACAACGAGUACAUCAUGAGUCUGAUCAGCGACAACGCGGCCAAGAUUCUGCCCAUUAUGUUUCCCGCUCUGUACCGUAACUCAAAGACCCACUGGAACAAGACCAUUCAUGGCCUCAUCUACAACGCUCUGAAGCUCUUCAUGGAGAUGAAUCAGAAGCUCUUUGACGAUUGCACACAGCAGUUCAGGGCUGAGAAAAACAAAGAGAAGGCGAAGUUGAAAGAACGCGAGGAGGCUUGGAUUAAGAUCGAGAACCUUGCAAAGUCAAAUCCACAGUUCUCUGUGUAUGUUGAUUCCUCUGACCUCACUAGUCCUGUAGCAAUGGAGACGGAUGUCCCUUUGAUAGAAGAUGUUCAGAGGUUAAAAAAGACAGUUGAGGAGAGCGCGACUCAGUUGCAGCAUGACCAGCGGAAAGAGCGACCCAUGAUGCGACGCAAGUCUGAGCUGCCUCAGGAUAUCUACACCACAAAAGCCUUGGAGUCCCACCGCAAAGCUGAAGACAUGUUGACCGCCCACGACGGACUCUAGGUGCCGCCCUCUGCCAGCUCUUGGUUCAACAACUGCCCCCGUUUUACCCUCCUCCCCCGACGGCCAUGGACAUCCUCUUGGUUACACUGGUGACCCAUGCUGGGCUCUUAUCCUUCAUCGUCCGUUUACCCAGAAUCCUUGGUUCUCCUUCAUUCCUGCCCCUCCCCCCCCCACACACACAGUGCAGAAGCUCUGUAUUUACCUCCCUCAGAUUUCUGCUUUCUCAGGUUUUUUUUUUGUUGUUGUUGUAGGAGAGUUGUGUGUGUGCGUGUGUGCGUGUGUGCGUGUGCGCGUGUGUGCGUGUGUGUGUCAUUUAGCCCUCGCCUCAUUGUCACUUCCUCUCACUUGGUUCCUGAAAUCCCGUCUUUCACAAAAACGUGACGUUUGUGCUGUCUGACACACUGUGUAAGGAUCAUGUGAUGGUCUCUCUCUCCCUCUCUCUGCUUAGGUUUUCUUUUUCUGUCAAAGGGAACAAAUACGGAGCUUUUCUUGCCAUCUGUUGUUUUUAUUUAUUUUUCUUUCUUUUUCUUUUCGUUGCUUAAUUUAAUGGACGUCUCACCAGUGCCAAGACUGUUGUGUUCUCUUGUUUGUUUCCGUGACUAUGACGAGGACAUUUGACCUUCAGUUUCCGGGUCACUGGAUGUUGUUUUUGUUGUCAUUUAGCACACUUAAGACCAAACUGAGGCCUGUCCUUAGCCUUGCAAUGUCUACAAGAAAAGAUGGCAGUCAAAGGGGAAGUUGUCCUGUGGACAUCUGACACUUUCCAUUUUUUAUUAUUAUUAUUAUUUUGUGCCAUAUGUCGCUCUUUUUUUAUAUAUAGAUAGAUAGAUAUAUAUAUCUAUAUAUAUAUAUAUGCUUGCUUCCUUAAUGGUCAUCAGCUAAUGUUUGAGAACCAGACCAUAGUGAUUCCUGGACGGUUCAAACAACGGUACUUGGAGGAAGAAGCCGGAAUGAAAGGUGUGUUUAUGAAUUUCCGCGUCGCAGUAGCAUCGGUUUGAGUCGCCCCCCCCCCCCCUGCUCAUCAUGUUUGAUUUGGGGUUGUAAAGUACGACGGGAGCUGAAAAAACUGAAAAGAAGAGGAAUGAAGGAGUACUUAAAUGUUUUUGUUUGGAAGAAAGAACCGCACAGACUUUGGAGGAAAACGGCGGGUCAAUUUUAGACUUAAAUCUCGUUAUAUUACGAACUUCAUCCUCGAUAGAUUCUCCUUUGUCGUUGACCUGAUGCUCCGUCGUAUGAGAUCAAGAUUUUUUUUUAAACAUUUGGUAGAAACUCCGAUUCUGACGUAAGAUAAUUAAUACAGAAAGGAAUUUAGCCGAAAAGUGAGCGCUUCCUUUAAUGUAAAGGCGUGGCAUGUUUGUGUUGCUACUAUUCCUAAAUUCAGUCGUGUGUGUGUGUGGGGGGCGGGGUUUAUGUAUCUGAUAAUUCCUGAGUGAGUGAGUGAAGAAGUCGUAUCUUCCAGUCAGUACCAUUGUUUAAACUGAGGGGGGGUCUGCUAGAUUUCUUCAUAUUUGACGUGUUGUAUUCCCCCCUUGUCUCGUUUCUGGAGGUUUGUAGCGUGGAUGUCCGAUUUCCGAUUUUUCCGUUUGUUUUUUUUUUUGUCCCCCACCCCGGGCCAUUCAGAUCCCCCCCUCCCCCCCCAAUGCUGAAACAGACUGGUAUCGGACGGCCACAAAAAUGCCAGAUGCUGAAAAAUAAACUGACAUUGUGACUUGGCUUGUUAACUGUAUUAAUACUGUAUUUGCUUGAAUGCAAAAAGUUGUAAAUUAAAACUUACCAUGUUAAACAUGUACCUUUUACCCCCUGGAGGAAUGCCAUUCACCAAACGGAUUUCUGUUGUUGAGGUCGUCCUGCUCGCUGGGGAGAGAUGUUUUAUGGAUUGUUAUGAGUUUGUGAGGGGGGGGGGGCGGGGGGGCGGGGGGGCGGGGCCGUGUUAAGAGGUUUUUAUUUCAGUGCUGGAAAACGAGUCAUCGACGCUAAACGGAGGGAAAAAAAACAAAAAAAAAAGAUGAUUUUAAAAUGAUUUGGUGGCUUGUCGCGCUCUCUCUCUCUCUGCAGGAUCUUUGCAGAUCUUUUAAUUUUAACAAGUUAUUUUCCAAAAUAUGACUUUAAAAGUGUCCUUUUGUAUGUGACCUGUACUAUAUGAUUCAUUUAAUAUUGUAUAUAUGAUUUACCUUGUUUCAUGUAGUGUCAUAUAUAUAUAUAUAUAUAUAUAUAUAUAUAUAUAUAUACAUAUAUAUAUAUAUAUAUCUAGAUUAAUUUUGUACAAAUUGUCCCUCUGUACAGAAUAAAAAAACAUCAAUAGCAAGCUAAAAGGAGUCAAUCUGGCACAUACCGUCUUUCUUCUCCUGUUCUGACUGUGACUUUAGAAUUUAAAGGAAAAUGUUAUUUUUCUUAUUCAAAUCUGCAAAGUUUCCUCCAUCUUCAAAAAAAAAAAGAAAGAAAGCAAAAAGACGAAUGUUCAAGCCCAUUGUGUGCUCCUAUCACUGUCUUUAGUGGUGUUACGACUAUGUAGAAUGAAUAAACAAGAUUAUUUGAAUAUAUAUUUAA